AUGAAUCCAAACCGUAUUAACAAGUGGCGGGAAGACCUCGACUUCACAACGUGGCUUCCAACAGGGGUGUGGAGCGUCAUCAACGAGCUCCACCUGGACAAACCGGACGGAUUCUCACUCGUUCAAACCAACACGGCUCUUUGGCAGCAGCAGGGGGAUGGCUUUCAGGUAGCUGCCUGCGCUGGUGUCGGAAUAAUUGCGUGGCAGAAGAUGGUGGGAGGCGUGGAGGGUGAAAACGGCUAUUCGACGGAAGAACACACAGUUGGACUUGCCGCCACAUUGUCUGUAAUGUGGGCCGCAUCCACGAAUGUGGACCAGACCCAGUGGGAGACGGGCGCAACAUCAGCUGCACGUGGAACUUCUACGGCCAUAGCAUCUUCUACUGCCAGAUCGUCCACUGCUGCCACCGCCUCGUCGGCUGCCUCGUCAUCUUCUGCGGCCGAUGUGUCCUCUGCCGUCCUCGAUGCCCUUGCGACGCUUGCAGCCUCGGUUGCUUGCAUUGCGGUUGAGGCGAUGAGGUCGGUCAAGGAUCAGGAGCAUGACAAGGAAGCGUGGAUUCUGCCCCUGUCGGAUGCGCUGCUGAAAGCGCUUCCGGCAGAGUCGCGAGCGGCCGGGGAUACGAAGGGGAUGACGAGGGUGGUGGCAAAGGUGGUGACCUCUUGGUGCCUAUGCAGCAUGGCAUCAAGAGGCCUUCGCCAGCACCAGGGCGUCUGCCUCGGAGUCCUGCAGAAGAAGUUGGGCGGCCGGGAUACCACAACAGGGGCGGAUAAGGAGAAGAAAACCAAGAAAUCGUCCGCGAAGGGGAACGCGACGAAGGAUGCGUCGACGGAGGAGAACACCGGCACUGGCGGCCAGGAGUGA